AGCCACAGGGUUUCUCUGGUCAAGGGUCCUGAUAUUACUCCUGUGUUCUGCUAUUCAUGUUUCAGAGCACGUUUCGUUUCUCCUGCAUAGCAUAGACCACAAAUACACUUGAUCAUGUAUAUCACAUUUUUUGUGGAAUGUGUAAUGACGUCCUUAAUCUUGAUGGCCUUGCCCGUGAUAGGGUGAUUGAACAUUGUGCAUUUUUUCGUAAAGUUACACUGGGUACAUCGACCACAUAUGUAAUUACCGUCCGGCACAUUGUCUAGGAAGAUGCUACGUGGCACCAGUGGAAGAUCAGACCUCACCACCAUGUGACUGAUUUGGGGGCGCCUCUGAAGAUGACCCACGGGGGUUCUUUAACCUCUUUUCCAGUUGUGGAUCAGUGCUCAAGAUGUACCAGGGUUUUUUAAUGAUGUGGUCAAACUGUUUACCAAGUGGGGAGUAUUGAAGGAAGCAUUGAACGCGUUGGUCAGGAGGGCGGGGAGGUUUUGGCAUGAGGGAGUCAUCAAGGGCCAUAUUUUUAUAACGUUCCCCUGCUUCGUGCAGCCAUUCCUCUGGGUAACCCCGCUGUCUGAAACACUCAUCCAGACAGUCGGCUUGCUUGUUAUAGUCACUCUGUGUACUACAAAUCCUGCGUAUGCGACUGUAUUGGCUGAUGGGGAGGCUCUUUUUUAGGGGUCUAAGGGUGGAAGCUGUCUCCGGGUAACAAGGAAUUCCUGUCCGUCGGCUUCCUGUUUAGGUCCGAGCUGAAGUCCUCCCCCUCCCUCUUUAUCAAAAUGUUCAGAAAACCUUUUUCAUGCAUCAAAGACUUGUGGACACAGACAAGGGGACCAGAGAAAGAGGUGAAAGAGGACAGACCCUGCUGUUGUGGUUGUUUUUAUCCAGGCAGUGGAGGCAGGAUGUGGGUCCUCAUCUGGGCAGCUCUACUCUUCUCUCUGACAGGGAGAGCAACAUGUCACAAACAGCAACAACCACCACAGACAUCAACACCCUGGACCAUCACCUUCAGUCCAGCAGAAAUAACAGCAGAGAAGGGACUAUGUGCUGUUAUUUCAUGUACUUUCACUCACCCUGAUGACAUCAAGCCUACCAAUGCAAUAUGGUUCAAGUGCCCUACAAAUGGCAAAUGUGAUAAGGAUAAAAAGAUAAUUUUCCACUCUGAAACUCCCCAUAAAGCUCAGGAGGAUUUUAAACAGAGAGUGUCUCUACUAGAGGCUGAUCUGACAAAGAAGAACUGUAGUGUGAUCAUCAACGACAUCAGAGAGAAUGAUGCUGGAAAGUAUCAAUUCAAAACGUUAGGAGGAUCAUUUACAAACCCACAGAAAAUGAAAAUCACAGUGACAGCUCUGACCCAGAAGCCCUCAGUGUUGACUCCUCCUCUGACAGAGGGAGAACCAGCUACUCUGACCUGCACCGCCCCGGGGAUCUGCUCUGGAACUCCUCCUCACAUCACAUGGACAUGGAGAGGAACAGGAGACAACAACACUGAGCUCAGAGACAACACCACCAUACAGAUUAGAGAGGACCUGACCCAUGUGACAACAACCCACUUCUCAACGUUGACCUUCACCCCCUCAGCUAAGCAUGACGGCACCAAGGUCACAUGUCUGGUGACCUUCAAUGGCAACAUCACCACUAAGAAGACACUGACAAUGAAUGUGGCACAUGUGAAGGAACCCAAGAUCUCAGGUAGUAACACAGUGAGAGAGGGUGAUACCCUGAAUCUGACCUGCAGUGAUGACAGCUACCCACCAUCAUCAUCUAACGUCACCUGGAGUAAGAAGGGGACAACAGCUUUGGAACGGAAUAACUCUGGACCUGCCACUCUCAUCAUCUCUGACAUGACAAGAGAACAUGCUGGGGAGUAUGUGUGUACAGCUCAACACCACAAGAGAUCUCUGACAGCUUCCACGGUUGUCACUGUGAUGUUGAACAGCACCAUCAGCCCGACUGUCAGAAACCACACCAAUACCACUAUGGAGUGUGUCAGCAGAAAUGAAGCGGGCAGAGUAAGAGAGAAGCUGCAAGUCAACCAAAUAGAAAAACAAGAAGAGGAUGUGUCUAAAGACAUCAUGGCUAUGCUGUCGGACCUAAAACUGAUUACUGCAUUUGUGGUUGGUGCAGCCCUCUCAGCCACCAUCAGUUGUAUCUUCCUGUGUUUGAAUGGGAAAUGUAAAAGACGCAAAGAAAUGAUCCCAAAGCACUCAGACUCCAAAAGCCCUUUCAUGAACCUGGAGAUGGUGACAUGUGAAGACCAACAGACGGAUGCAGGACAGGCUGUAGGGAGCAAACAGACCCAUCUGCAGGUGGCGCUGAGGAAGGGAGAAGAAAACGGAGGUGGAACCACAGGAAAAUCUACCACAGGUGAAGAACCAAAUGAAGUGGACUACGCCAGAAUCAACUACUCCCUGCUGAAGAAGAAGACUCCUGAGGAGGCAGAGAAGAAGACCACCAGCACAGAGACAGACUACGCCGAAAUCAAACGAGAGAAGAAGAAAGAGGAGGAAGAAGAUAGUGGAGAGGGGAGUGGUGUGAUGGAAGAGGUGGAAUGGGAAGAAGGGGAGGAGAUGAUAGGGAAGGAUGAGGAGAAAGAGAACGGUAAGCCAUUACGAGAGACAGAUGAGGAUACAGCGCUUUACUCCAACGUCAAGGCUAUUAUGGGUGGAGAGUGAGCGAGUGACACAGCAACGUGGGAGAUAGCGCACAGUACUAUGGCUUCUAAUAUACAGCCCUGCGGUAUUUUCUCAUAUUCUAGAUUGAAAGUUUUAUGAUGAUAGAGACUUUGUUUAACUGAAACGACUGUAGGUAAUAGUUUUGGUUCUUUAUUUUUGAGUCUUGUCUAAUGUAAUGUUAGUUUUGUAAUGAUUCUGUUUUUGUGUCACCAUGGAAGGACUGACAAAAACGUGGUUUGGAGAAGUAGAGAGGUCAUACCAUGUCAUUUUUUUCUCCUCUGUUCCUUCCUGUUUUUGCAUUUUGAUUUAACCCUAACCCUAUAUAUUAAGGCACUACCUUAUUUUUGAUGUUUGUGUGUAUUUUAGUUGUUUGCUAUCUGAAAUUAGUUUAAAGAAUUUCAAAAUGAUGUUUUAACUGUCUUGUAGCAUGAUGUACUACAGUACCCAUAAUGCUCUGUAUCAAUUUACGGUUUUAUCUUGGUAAAGACGUUCCUAAAGCUAACACUAUGGUGUCCCGGCUACGUAUUAAUACAUCAGAGGAGGCUGGUGGUAGGAGUUAUAGGAGGACAGGUUAAUUGUAAUGGCUGGAAUGGAAUACUUGAAACUGUAUAUGGAAACCACAUGUAUGACUCUGUUCCAUUAAUUCCAUUCCAGCCAUUAAAACGAGCCUCUCCUCCUAUAGCUCAUCACACCAGCCUCCUCUGUGAUACAUGGUGUCAGAAGUUGGACGUCUAUUUAUUAUCUCCACAAAUUGUAUUCGACAGUGAUUACACAGAUGGUAUGACUGCAGAGAACAGUAGAUGUUUUCUAUAGAACUCAUCCAGUUCCUCCACCGUGUAUUCUAUGUUGACAUAAUCAAGAUGCAUACGUUCACGAUCAUUGUAAAUACGAAUUUGUUCUUAACUGACUUGCCUAGUUAAAUAAAGGUUACAUUUCAAUUCAAUUAAAAUGUAAAAAAUAUGAAUAUCCUACAAACAACCACUAGAUAGAGACACUCCAUUUGACAUGAUAACCACAAAGCCACAUCAUUUACAAGCCCACUUCUAAACCCUUUCUCAGUUUGAGCUUUAAUCAUAAUACUCAUUUAUCAGAAAAGGAAACUGAUUUAAGGUGAUCUCAACCAUCUGCUGGUGUAAGUGAAGACAGAACAACAGGCUCUGAUUAGAAGGCAGAUGUUUAAAAUUAAACCUGAAACUCUCAGAUGUCAGCAGAAGUAUCUCGCAUGGUUUCCUCUGAACAAAAAAACACCAAGAGGUGUGUUGUGUGUGAGUCACAGUAGCAAGAAAUGGACACUCCCUUUCACAUUGUAAAUCUGGCUGUGUUGUGGUGGUUGUUUCUGUUGUACUGUACCUGUCACUGAGCUACCGAACAAACCCACGUACAAACACCUGUGUUGUUCCUCAGGUUUGGAUGAAAAGAAAAUGAACAUGUCCCUUUGCUGUUAACUCUUCAUUUAGAGAUUACGUCACCUGCCAAUUGUCAGUGUGAGCAUCAUGGACUCUGUCGUGUGUACAGUAUGUGCUCACACUCAUACUGGAUUAAGGAUGGGAUUACAGGAUUAGAAUGUUCCACACACAGUACAGAGCCUGUAAAUAGAUCUAACAGACACAGUCAGCUCACUUCGCUUGUAUUGAGGAUAUAUCUGCUAUUGAUCAUUGGAUAAGGAUGUAUUUCCCUACUGAGGUCUGUCCUUAGGUUUUUUCAUCCAGGUCAAAGGUAAGGCAUAGGCAGUAUCAUACAUUAGUACUGUAGACCAGACAGUUACUUGGAGCUAAGAUGGUGUGUUUGUUUACACAACACUUACCACUAUCCAAUACUGUCAUUUGACCAAUUCUGUAAAAAACAUGUAGUUAAAUACAUUAAAUCUGAAUAAUUGUGUAAAGAAACUGUUUUAUUGUGUUCC